AGUGGAUCAUAACUUCGAACACUUCUGUGAAUACAUCCCGCGUGAACAAAUCAGCAUAGCUCCUGAAAGUGUCUUGUUUCUUUUCUAGUCUGAAAUCAAAAUGAAGUCCGUGUCAAUCGGUAUGUUCGUGAUGGUGAUUCUGACACUUGGUCUUCACCAGACCACCGGCUCAUAUCCCUAUCCAUAUCCAUCUCCCUAUCCCGCUCCCUAUCCAGCUCCCUAUCCCGCUCCCUAUGCCGCUCCAUAUCCAUCUCCCUAUCCCGCUCCAUAUCCAGCUACAUUUCAAGAGGAUGCUGCGGCAACAAACCAAGAUGUCGAUGAGGAACUCAUCUCUCCAUAGAUUAGAAUUGUAUACAUCAUGCAGUCAACUGUUGGAAUUGUUAAAGUCAACAUCGAGGGUGCUGUUACUUUUGUGUUAGAAUGGCACUGCUGUCCUGAUCAGAAAUGCUUAACCGAGGAUCAUGCCGUCAACAAAUGAUUAACACAAUCAUACUUCAAUAUCAGGAGAAAAUGAUUCAUGAAAAAUUGAAAACUUUGGAAAAUUAAAGAAAAUUGAUAUCUAA